UCAAUUCUAAGCGCUGAAACUUGAUGUUCUUGCUUGCGUCAGCGGUGUAAUGCCUGAACCACCCCUGAUACGAACUGCGCUAUUCACUCUAGAGCUCAACUCUAGUGAUGAUAUUGACUCUGGAUCUGUGUUUUCUUCUUUGCCGAGCUUUCACCUUUGAUUCUCUUGGAAUUUCAAGAUCGUCACUAGAGUCGUCUGGUCUCUUCAGAUUGUCGAACAUCUCGUGGAUUGGCGUUUCUCGGUUUUGCUGUUUUCGAGGCACUCGCAGCUCGUUCAACUCUCCUUCACUAGCUUUGAUCGGCCGCCUGGUUAGUUGAACAAUCGAUUGGGAUCGAUAAAAGAUCGCUCCUCGCUAAGGAAGCUUUGUCUUGAAGCAGGGGUCCAGUAAAAAAAUGGCAACUGGGAGCCUUCUACUAUCUCAGCCGCUUCACCUCCUUCAUCUCCUCCUCCUCGCCUUUGUGCUCCCGAAGACCAUCUCCGUGGCCCCCGAUGACGAUAGCACAGCUUCUUAUUAUGUACCUCCUUAUGAACGGACGGAGUGCUACGGUGAGGGCUCAUCCCAGUUCCCUGAGAGUAACUUCUUCGCGGCUGUCGGUGACAAACUCUGGGACCUGGGGUCAGCGUGCGGCAGGGAGUACGAAGUGCGGUGCAUCAGCGAGGCGGAGUCUGGCCCUGGACCCUGCAAACCCGGCUCCGACACCAUCCGGGUCAAGGUCGUCGACUACGCCCUCUCGGUUAGCUCCUCCGCCGCCGCCCCCAAGCAGUCCGUAACUGGCGCUGAUUUGGGCUGUCUCAGAUCGCUUUUGUAGCCAUUGCCAAUCCGUCCGUCGAUUCCAUCAAUGUGGAGUUUAAGGAGGUCUGAUUUUUGGUGAUGGCUCAAGGCUUGAGACAGAGAAGCGAAAGGAAAUCAACAGAUGAUAAUGAUAUCAAAUAAAUUCAGACAUGGUUUAUCUGGAAUGCUGGUUGGUUGUGUUGCUUUUUCGUUUUUUCAAAUGUUUGGUGUUUUCAAAUUUAA